AUGUUGUCCAAGAUUUCCCCAAGCGCAAUCACCACCAUCCCGGACGUCGUCGCACCGAUGGAGAUGCUGGCCAGUCGUCCCGCGCGGCGCGGCCUGCACGUUGUGGACUACAACCCCUCCUGGGUAAACGACUUCUCGGACCUGGCAUCCCGGAUCCGCACCGCCCUCGGCUCCGCCGCCAUCGACAUCCACCACGUCGGAUCCACCAGCGUUCCGGAGCUCUCGGCACGGUCUGUCAUCGACAUCGACCUCGUAGUCGCCGACCCCGCCGAUGAAGACUCGUACGUGCCGGCGCUCGAGGCAGCCGGUUUCACGCUGUACUUUCGGCAGCCGUUGCAUUAUGGUCACCGCUUCCUCGGGUGCCAGACGCCUGAUACGAAUAUCCACGUCUACGGCCCGGAAUGUCCUGAUGUUGCGCGCCAUCUGAUCUUCAGGGACUGGUUGAGAGAGCAUCCCGAGGACAGGGACAAGUAUGCUGCGGUGAAGAGGGAGGUGGCGGUUGUGGCGGAAGAGAAAGGCGAGACGGGCAAUCAGUAUGGAAAGAGGAAGGAGUGGGUCAUCCAGGAGAUCAUGAAUAGGGCCUUUGAAGCGAAUGGGUUGUUGCCCACUGGUGGUGCUGUGAAGUCUACGUAG